UAAUUGAGCACGUUUUAAGCACCUUAAACAUCAUCGUUGGUCUCUUCAUUUUCAGCAGUUGACUCGCCAGUUCAGCCGGCUGGACCGAAAAGUAUCCCUCAGCAAGCCUGCCUUUUCACAUUUGGAUAUAUGUACGCAUUUAUGUUGUAAAGCCGAAAAUCUCUACUCAAAAUUUACUCAUCAAAGCCUUGACUCACGCUUGGAUUUCCCCGUCUAUAUUUGGCACCAUGGGGAAAAACCAAGUUGAAAGUUCAUCGUGUUGCGUAGGAUAGGGCGAGGCGGAUACAUACAUGUCCCUGUAAUUACAAUCCUAGCACAGUGUUUCUGCGGGUUAAAGGACUUGAAGUACACAAAACAAGUCGUUUUGUAGACCCAGAGAACAACCGACGAGCCAUCAGCGAGAUGGAGGAGCAAAGAUUCAUCGUGAGGGACACCUUGCCCUUGUUCUACAACGAGAAGAUUAACUCCAUCGAGUUGUGUAUGGGCGACUUAAGUGAACUGGGUAUGCGCAACAAAGUGGACAUUUUGCUGAUAUCCGCACUGCCCGAUGGCUAUGACACCCCCGUGGGCACCGUGAUGCACUCUUUGCGGAAGAACCUAAAUGUGAGCGUGGCAGACCUGGCCCAGAACAAGGAGGCGGACAAGAGAGCCACGCACAAGUGUUGGUGGUCCAAGCCACUUGGCCGGACAGAUGUGCCCUUCGAUAGAAUCAUGUGUUACGAAUCAGGGCAGAGUCAGGCCGCUGCCACCGAGUUCACCAACACUACAUUCAGCUGUCUGAAGGAUAUUUACAAGAAGCAAGACUUCAGACUUGUGGUUUCUCUUCUUAACACGGGACAACAGAAAAUGGACGAGGUUUUGAUGCUAGAGGCCAUCGUGGAAGCAGCUAUUAUUGCCAUGCAGGACGGACUGAAUCUACGCCAGCUCAUGCUUUUCAUCAACGCUGAGUACAAGAGUGAAGCGGACUACACACCGAAAGUGCGCAACUUCGAAGGGAUCUGCGCCAAGUUUGAGGAAUUGAGAGCGAGGCACACGGCGUAAAGUUAGAGGCGCGCUUUGUCGAUGUCACUCGCGUUGAUGACAUGUCCAGUUGGAGUAAUAAUGGGCGUAAAUACCAGGGGAGAAUUAGGGGAUAUCCCCCACUGGGCAAUGACUGGUACUCCCCUUUUUGAUGAGAACCAUUAACUGCGGGUGGUGUAGCCACGGUGGACCUAAGG